GCUCACAGUCCUCGCAACCGCCGCUACGAUCGCACGCGUUCUCGCGCCGUGACAGAGUACUUGCCAGAAGCAUUCCGUGAUCGCAGUGAAGUUUACAAGUGAUAGUAAAAGUUAUAGCCAAAUGGUGGUGCUUGAAGACGGAGGAAUGAUGGCUACUAAUCCUAAUCAAUAUUUACAGCCUGAUUAUUUGGCUCCGCUUCCGUCCUCUUUGGACUCGAAGAAAAGCCCGCUUGCGCUUUUAGCGCAAACCUGCAGUCAGAUUGGUGCGGACACCAGCCCGUCCAAACCGCUGCUGCCGCCGCUCGACAAGAAGAAAUCAGUGAAUAGUGUUAGUGACACAGUUAUUCGUUCAUCACCAAACAGCACGAAACAGGACAAACCGCGUUCCACCCCGGACAACAAACACCUGGCUUUCAAACCCUAUGAAACUAAUGUUGUGUCAAAGAAACCCGAAGAGCGCCCUUCAUCCAAAGCUAGCUCAGACAGUUCGGACGACAAGAAAUCGGGAAAGAGCACACCUGGAAGGAAAUCCACUCCACCAUCCGGCGAAAACGGAAAAAAUAGCCCUUCCAAUGAGCAGAAAUCGUCGCCCGCCGGCUCUUCAGGCACAAGCCCAAUUAUCCGAUCUGGGUUGGAAGUUUUAGGACACGGAAAAGAUCCGCUGGCGGCUUUCAAAAAUCUGCCCGGUUUGCCUGGAUUCAAUCCGCUCGCCGGCCUCUGCUGUCCUCCAGGGAUGGAGCAGCACGCUAACCCUGCCUUCAGGCCGCCGUACGCCGGCGCUCCGUUCAGCGCUCACCACGCAGCCAUGCUCGCUGCUGCCGCCGGAUUUCCAGGAUCAUCCCCUAACCCGUACCUCGGCUACGCUAGAGUCAAAACGCCCGCCGGCGGAGAAACUUUAGUCCCAGUGUGCAAAGACCCCUACUGUACCGGGUGCCAAUUCUCAGUGAACAACCACCACCUCCUCAUGAGCAACGGCAGCUGUCCCGCCGGGUGCACUCAGUGCGAACACCAAAAAUACAACAUCGCUAUGGCGAUGGCGCUGUCGCAGCAAGGCGCCGCCGGCGGCGGACUUUACCCGCAACUAAGUCGCCCGUAUGUUUGCAAUUGGAUUGUCGGGGAAUCUUACUGCGGAAAGCGAUUUGGAAAUUCUGAGGAGUUGCUGCAGCAUUUGAGGAGUCACACGACGGACGGAUCCACGCCAUCGACGGUUUCCUCGUCACAGCCAUCGCUGCUUAGCCCCUUGAACCCGCUGUUCACUACAGCUGGACUCCGCGGCGCGUAUCCAACGGCUCCGUUGAGUCCGCUCUCGGCCUCGCGGUACCACCCGUACUCGAAGGCCGGUCUCCCGGCCGGCCUCGGUGCAUCCCCCUAUGGUGCCUUCAACCCCGCACUAGGCCCCUUCUACUCGCCGUACGCGAUGUACGGCCAACGGCUCGGCGCGGCCGCCGUCCACCAGUAGACAGUGUAGUGCAUACGAAUGUCAUAAAUUAAUGUUGUAUUGUCCAAUUUUCUUCUGUGAUAUCGAUAGACUCUAAUUCAUGUUCUACGGCGGGACGCGCCAUGACAAAUUUAGUGAUUAGUGCAAUUGUAACAUAGUUAUUUAUGUAAGUGGAAUCGCCGGCGAUGCGCUAGCUCGGACGAUGUGACUCUGUACAGCCAAAUGUUAUAUGUAAAUAAUAAUCUCUAUGUUUAAUAUUAAAGGAAUUAUUUGGAAUAUAAUAUCUACAUACCAAUCAUAAAA